AUGCUGGUCGAAGCGGGAGUGAUUCCAGCGCUUGUGGAUCUGUUUCGAGAUGGUGAUGAAAAGGCAAAGCUUUUAGUUGGUAAUGCCUUAGGGAUCAUAUCGGCACAGACAGAGUAUAUUAGGCCUGUUACGGAAGCUGGUUCGAUUCCUUUGUACGUCGAGCUUCUCUCCGGGAGAGAUCCAAUGGGGAAAGAUAUUGCAGAGGAUGUGUUCUGUAUACUAGCUGUAGCUGAAGGUAAUGCUGUUGUGAUAGCGGAAGAGCUUGCACUCUGUUUCUGUUUUAGAGACUCUGGUGCGAUUCCUUUGAUGGUGGAGCUUGUGAGAGAUGGGUCUCUUGAGUUCAGGGAGAGGAUUUCUGGAGCUAUUUCUCAGUUGAGUUACAAUGAGAAUGACCGUGAGGCCUUUUGUGAUUCGGGUAUGAUACCGAUUCUCAUUGACUGGUUAGAGGAUGAGUCGGAAGAGCUUAGGGAUAACGCAGCUGAGGCGCUUAUUAAGUUCUCUGAAGACCAGAAGCAUUAUGGUAGAGUGCGUGAGGCGAUGGAACAUCCUGUGGUCCAUAGUAUGCAGAGCAGACUUGCUAGAAUCCGAGCCUCCCAUGAACUGAUGGUUAGGUCAAUGCGAAGGGUUACGCUCGAACAUCUUGCCCAUGAUCCACAUUAUAGCUAA